AUGAAGGCUGCUGGCGUCCUGGCCCUGAUGGCUGGCCUCAUCACAGUCACGGAGUCCAAAAUCUACACUCGCUGUAAACUGGCAAAAAUAUUUUCCAGAGCCAGUCUGGAUAAUUAUGGGGGCUUUAACCUUGGAAACUGGAUCUGCAUGGCGUACUACGAGAGCCACUACAACACCUCGGCCAAGACUGUCCUGGAUGAUGGGAGCAUCGACUAUGGCAUUUUCCAGAUCAACAGCUUCACGUGGUGCAGAAGUGAAAAGCUCCAGGAGAAAAACUAUUGUCAUGUUGCCUGCUCAGACUUGGUCACUGAUGAUCUCACAGAUUCGAUCAUCUGUGCCAAGAAAAUUGUUAAAGAGACACAAGGGAUGAACUACUGGCAAGGCUGGAAGAAACACUGCGAGGGCAAAGACCUGUCUGAGUGGAAAAAAGGUUGUGAUGUUUCAUGA